CUGACUGGCAGCAGCUCUCCAAGGUUUCAGCCUGGAGUCUCUCCCAGCCCUACCUGAAGAUGCUGCCAGGGAUUGAACCUUCUGCAUGCAAGCUGAUAUACGGUAUCCUUUACUGCUGAUAUCAAGUAAAGUGUGUGUUGUACAUUUGGAAAGCAAGCGCAUCUGAAAGUGUUGGAAGUUAAGGACUGCGCUGUCUCAUCUCAGACAGUGGAGCACAGACUAGUAAGUCAGAGGGCUAGAGGGUCAAGACAUUGGUCACCCCUUCUCCACUGCUCUGAUGCUAUCCCUUUGAAAUGUAGAUUGCUAAUCUCAGGGACUAACUUCCUUCCUCUCCUCUCUUCCCUACCUGCCCUUCUACCUUGCAACAUGGCAAGCCUCUCUCCCUGCACCAUAUGUGCCUAGAGGAUGCAGAAUCCAUCUGCAUCCAGCUAGAUAGAUAGAUUAGAUUAGAGAUCCUAACUCCUCACUUUCCUAUCUAGAAUGGAGUUCCUUAAUAAAUGCCUUUUAUAUUGAUUUGAAACUAUGAAUUGGCUCCAAGUUACUUUACUCUCAGCACACACACGCAUGCCUAACUAAACCGCUGUGUUGUGCCUCUGUGCACUCUGCUAUAAUGAGAAAGGGAUUCUCUCACCACAGAGAAUUUCCAACAGGUUAUGGGAGCCCAGUAUUUUGAGCUGCAUGUACUGCAACUAGAGAGUUAGGUUUGUUCCAGGAGAUCCAGUGAGAUCUAGCGUGGACACUUUGAAUUGCUAAUCUACAGCAACUGCCUUUUGGAGCCAGUGAGGAUGGCUACAUACCUAGAGGGAAAACUCAGGCUGACUAUCCUGAAUGCAGACAACUAUUUGGAAUGGAAGACUCGACUGAGGAUUGCACUGAAAGCAGAAGGACUCCAAAAAGUUACUGAGGAGGACCCUCCCCCCCCCAGAUGGAACCACAGCUGCUGAGAAAACUUCAAAAGAAAACUGGCUGAUGAAGGAUGCGAAAUCUCAAGCCCUAAUCACAGCUUCUGUGAGUAAAAAUUACCUUUAUGUGAUAUGUGAUCUUGGAACCUCAAAGGAAAUGCUAAGCAAGCUAGAUUCCUUUCAUAUGAAGAAGGGGUGGGCAUACACCUUUAACUUGAGAAAGAAAAUGCAGGAUCUCCUGUAUAAAGAUGGGGACCGUUUUGCUACAUAUGUGGGAAUUCUGGAAGAUUUCUUUUUUUCAUUUUAGAGAGGCAGGGGAGCAAUUUUCAGAGAGUCAGAAGCUGGAAGCUCUGUUCCUAAGCAUGCCCCCCAGCUAUAGCAGUAUAAUCAGCCAACUGGAAACCCAUACCAAUCUAAGCUUUGAGGAAGUAGUACAAACAUUGUCUUCUGAAGCAAACAGGAGAAAAGUUUUGAAUUCACGCUAUGAAAGUGAAUUGGCAAGUAACUUUGCCCUUAAAGCAACAAUUGGUCAUUCCAGAGGAAACCCGAGGUGGGGAGGGAAUGCUGCAAGAGGAAACCACAUGGGGCCCUCACAUUUACAUACAAAGAGAUCUGGCUUCGUUGCCGCCAAAGAAACUCAGUCCAGAGAGAGAGGUCACAUGACCGCCAGCAGGGAGACUGCUCCUGAAAUGAGGCCAACUGGGACUAAUGCCUUUAGAUGUUUUCUAUGUAACCAAUUUGGUCACAAGGUGGCAAACUGUCCCAAGAAUCAGACAAGAAGGACAGAUUUUACUAAGGAGAAUGUGAAUCAGGAUUUUAAGCAUACAGAAAGAUAUUCAAACAGGACCUUUAAUGUUAACUUGAUGCAAAGCGAUGAAGAGUUCAUUUUUUAUUCAGGUUCUUCUGUUCAUAUUUCAAAUAAUCUGGGUUUCUAUACUGAACUGUUUGAUAUUCCUGAAGAGACUGUUUAUUUGGGCAAUAAUACUACAAUUAAAGCCAAGAAGAAAGGCGGAGGAAUUUUGUAUUGCAAAUUGCUGGAUGGAUCUGUUAAACCAUUUUUUCUUAAGAAUGUUUUGUAUAUCCCUGACUUCUCAAGCUCCUUGAUUUCAAUAUCCAAGCUAGAGCAACAAGGCUGUGAACUGUAUAUUAAAAAUAGACAAUGUGUUGUUACCCAGAAUGGAGAGGUUUGCCUUGUAGGCUGUAAAUCCAAAGGUCUUUACAGUGUGGAGGAGCAAUCUACAGACAGAGAAAGACCAGCCCAGUCUAAACCUGAGGCAUACCAGCCUAAUGAAGUGAACCUUGCUAAGUCAUGCCUGCAUGAAAACUGCUUGUAA